CGACUUAUACGAUAAACAUCACAUUUCGUUUGCACCGCUAUACAGUAUAAUGUAUUAGUAUAUGGAACCAUGGAACAUUGCCUCAUUGGGUAUGCAAAGGAAUUUUUAAGCUAAAAAACACACACAAUAUUGCAAGCAAAAGUGAAAAGUGGAGGACCUUGCAAACUUCGAAAGUGGUGACUUAAUGUCUACUCAACAAAAAAAAAAAAAAGAUUUUUAUUUGCAAUUACCCGUUGCUAAUUGAAUAAAAAUCGCGAACAAAUUCAAAGGAAGGAAUCGCCAGUUUAAAAAUCAAUAAAAACCUCGUAAAUACAUUUCCUUUUUGUUGUUUUUUGAGGUCUCAUUUCGAUUUUUCCCCAUCCACAAUACACACGGAUUGUGGUGGAGCAGACGGAGAGCACCACAGUGACUGCAACCAAUAACAAUGUGAAGGGAUUUUUUCCCAUUGUUUUGUGUCCGUCGUAAGUUUUCUUCGUUUUGUUGUAUCGCGUGUACGUGAGUGUUCCCCCCAACGAAGUGAAGAAUAGAUAACAUAGAGUGUAAAAAAAAAACAAUGUAUGAAUGUUCGUUUUGUCAUCCAUUAACCGUUAUAUAUAUUUAACCUACGGAAAAAAAUGAACAUCCAAGUGAUGAAUAUAGGCUCCUUCCCAACUUCGAUUUAUGUUUGUGUUUUUUUUUUUUUGUUUGUUCUCCUGUAAGUCAUUGUUGACCACCGGUGAUCGUCCGUUGUUCGGUUGCCAUUAACCCAUUAACUUCGAGAAUAGUGUAAAAUACCGUGGCGUUGCUUGCCGAGAAAAACGUAAGUGAAUAGGUCGGAUAUUUUUCAUCCACCAUCAUCAUCCACCACCACCUUGCGAGCACUGUUAUUUUUUAUGUGUCAUCUGAGAAAAUUGAAGUCGUCAGUUGUGUAAUGAAAUUUGUUGGUGCCGUCGUAGUUGCUGCAUGAAAUUGGAAUAAAUCGAAAACAAUGGCAAAGGAACCGAUGCAGUCUCGUCUUCCCAUGCCCGGUGUGUCCCGGAUCCCAUUGCCUGGCUUCAUAAGGCCGCCCUCCAUUAUGCCUGUGGUUCGACCAUCUCAACUGAGAGCACCAUCCACAUUUGUCAAAGCUCGACCAAUGUCAUUUAGCGGUCUGAGACCACCGACUACACCCUCGCUGCUACUAAAGAAAUCAUCCUCUGGCGAUCACAUAAACUCAAUAAACACAACCAUGAGCCUGGUCGGAAGAAAGACGACAACAGCAUUGAAGAAAUUAUUUACGAAACCACCUGACGUUUUGCAAACGCCUAUGAGGAAGGAAACCAAGCCAGGCUCAAAAGAUGUUCCUAGUGCAACGAUAACCAUGGAGAGUACACCUCGACCCCUGACGCGAUCUGACACAUUUGUCAGAACCGAUAGUCCGGAUGCGAAUUUAAUCGCAACACCAAUGCCGGUCAUUGGUGGAGAGACUGGUAGGGCAAUAUGCGAAAGCACACCCUUAUUAAGAACUGCCAACAAGAAAGGCCUAUAUGCCACACAGACCUUUGACACAACAUUUAAUGCACCGGGUUCUUCGACGCAGCGUAAUCACAACUUUGAGAGCACUAGAAUAUCGAACAUAGGCUUUGGUAAUACAAUCGAUAUGGAAUCCCCAAAGACAAGUAGUACAAGAAUGUCGAACGUCGGUUUUGGAAACACAGUCACUAUAAAUACAACUAGGAGUGUUUUGGAGAGUAUAACAGAUAAUCUGGAUGAUGCCACUCACAUUUUAGGUAGACCUAAUGAGACUAGAGCGGUAAAUAAAACUCACAGUAUUGAAGAUUUGAGCCAUGCUGGAGUAAAUUCAACACAUACCAUAGACAAUAGGACCAACUUUUUGGGUCAGACUUUACCAGUGAUGUUACAGAAGAAUGAGAAUAUCAAGAGUACUACGAUAACCUUGGAGGACAAUGAAGCACUGAAUCGGACACUUGAGAAUGAUACAAAGAAGACAGACGAAUCUGGCUCGCAAACACCAGCAUCCAAUGCCACCUACUCAAACCCCGGUUCUACCGAGAAUAUGUUAUUGCUGGAUGAUGUAUCAAUACCUUCAGGUUUUGAGGAACCCAUGGGGGUGGAUGUAAAAGACAACUUGAUGAAAAAAUUUGACCAUGAAGAAUUCCUUGAAUUUACAAGCGAAAAUCUGGACGAUACUUUAACGGCGCUGGCGCCCAACAAGACUACUAUGAAAUUGCCCCUUAACUCAACCAUGAACACAGAACGUCUAUUGGAUUUGACGCAAACUGUAAACACGCCAGCCAAGCACAUGCAAUUGCUCAACCUAACCAAGGACUACAUAGACACACCAGACUUAAGGAAAAAUCAGAAUAACACUCAGCUGCUGUAUAUGACCCAAGUUUCAUCGUCAUGCACCACCACGCCAGACCGCAAUGGCAAAAAGAUUUUGAAUCCCCUCUAUCAACUCACACCGAUACCCCAUCACCUGCUGUCUCCGUUAAAGCUUAAACAGGCACAGAGUGACUUGGCUCUGCCUACGCGAACACCCGACGAAGAGAGUUCAGAUGAGCCCAUGGAUGUGGACAGUACUAUGAUAGCUGUGGCCGGCAAAACAGAUGGAUUCUUCCAUCAAGCACAAAUUCAGAAUUCAGCGACCUCAUUGCAAGAUGUCAACAAUCCAAAUGGCAAUCAGAAGGCCCGGUUCUCCUUCGGCCUAGAUCUGACCGAAUCAACCCUGGACUGCUCCAUAGAAUUAGUUGAUGUCUCACUGUCGUCCACGGGCUUGUCCCAGCCUAGCAACAACACCAUUAAUAAUCUCUCCAAUUCUUUGUCCUCGCAACAGCUUUUAAAGAAGCAAAACUCUUUUGAUAUGGACGAAAGUCUUGGAAUUCUCACGCCAGACCAAAUGAAAGAAUUUCUUGACUCAACUGCCACCAACAACACAAACAAUAACUUGGAUAUGCCUCUAAUGCUCAAUGUUGCCAACAGUUAUAAUCACAAACUGGCAAUGCAUCAAAUGCGCAUAGACCAAACUCCGUCACCAGAGGAAUUGCCGCUGGACCCAGUGGAAGUGAAGACUGACAUCAAUGAGAUGGUGUUGCAACACCAACAACAUCAAUAUCAGCUGCAGCAACAACAUGGCCAGAGCCAGUCAACAUAUGCGAACGAUGAACAGCAUCCAUUACAGAACCAGUGCAACGAAUCGUUGUCGUUGCUGUCAGAAACAGAACCCUCCAAAAGUGAAUCCAUCACGAAAUCGUCUGUUUCCAAAAUUUCCACCAGCUUUAUUACGAGCGUUACUAGUGUCACCAGUUUGGACACUGGCUACCAAGGAGAUGGAGAAAUGUCUAGGCCCGCCUCUAGAGGAGCCUGUGAUCACUCACCCUCAAAUGGACCUUUGCGCAAGGGAGUCUCACGCCAACCUAGCUUCAAUCAACAACAAGGUCAGGGACAAGUACCUCCAGUACGGCGUCAAGAUCCCAUGACAGAUUCUGACUUCUUCACCGAAUCCGAUGCGGAUGACAUAUUCCAUAGGGGUGAUCGGCGAGCCCAAGUAAUCGACGGCCAACUAUAUGGACCUACGUUGCAGCCGUCUGCAUCGGUUUUCAUUUCGGAGGAUCCCCAAAUGGAGGACUCUUGCAUGGAGUCCUCUGGCAUAUUUACUGACGUUGAAAACCGAGGUGAUGAGGAUUUGGCUCAGAUAAGACGACAAAAUACACACGACGAGACGCAAGACCUUUCCCCCGAUUUAGAAUGUGAUGCUGACUCCACGGAGACCGUCAGAAGCAAUCGUGACUCGUCCAAAAGGUUGCAACAACAUGGCAGCAGCACCAUAAUUAACAGCACAUCAACCACUUCGGUGCAUUCCCACGGUCAAGGUCACUUGAGCAGCAGUCAAACAUCGUCAACCAUCCAAAGCAGCAUGAGCACCGAUCGUCUCUCAGCUGCAACUCUCUCCAAUCGAACCUCUUACUGUAGUGUGGAUGGCGGUGGUGGGGGUUGUGGCGGCAUAUUGGGCCCCAACUGUGUUGAUGAAUUCAAAAGUUUCUCUUCUCUCGACGAAGCUUUAGAUGGCGAGAGCAUGCAAAACCACAUGCCGGUUAAACUCAUGAAAAGCUCCACCACAUCAACAACUUCGUGGUGUGAGCGCGAGCAACCACUGCUGCACAAACAUUUGACAGUUCUUCAGAACAAUUCGCCGCGCAAACAACACUCGUCGCUAACAUCACUGUGUGGUGGUGUAAAUUGCCAAUCGAGUGUUCAAUCCAUAACCGAUUCGGACAGAUCGUUUUCGUGUGCUACAACGUCAACGUCGCAGUCAAACGCAUCGAGCCUUUCAACCAACUCGCCCAAUGCUAACAAGAAAACAACGAAAUCCGCAAAUAAUACCCCGCAGGGUAAACACACGCCGCGUUCGAAAUCGUCAUCGUCAACAGCAAUAACAACGCCAAAAAGUGCCAAAUCUUUUAAAUUAUCACCCAGUGGCAGUGGCAGCGGCGUCGGCGCCAAACACAAUUCGCCACCGGCAGUGCGUAAAUAUCAUCACUCGCCCAACAAAUGGGAAGCCGUUAUGAAUCAAAUUGCCAAUAAUAAAGCGUUAACAAGGAAAAAUUACAACGAUGUGAAACCGAAAGUGGCCACUCGUAUAUCUGUUGGUGGUGGUGGGCCGAUAUCGGCGGGCAGUACAGGUGCGGGUGCUAGUGAUAGUAAUCGUGCAAGAAGUGGCGGAAACCGUUCCGGCUCAUCGGUAAGCAUCUCGCCAACUGUUCGUCGAUCACCCACCAAUAAUUUGUUAACAAAUCGUGUAAAUAAAACUGCAAAAUCACAAUCCUCCCCUCACGGAGUAACGGAGACCACAGCAACAACAUCACCCAGAAAUUUGGAUAACAAACGAGCAGUGCAAAAUGUCAACCGUGUCCGUUCCUACAGUAAAGACAAAGACAGCCAAAAGAGUUCUCAAAGUGAUCUAAGCUUUGCCAGCGGCGUUGGCAGCGUUGGUGGUGCUGGCAGUGGAAGUGCUGGAUCUCCCAAACUCUUGGCUAAAACUCCAUUGAGAGCAGCCAAAAAACGCGAUGUGCGCAAUUUGAGUAUAUCGCCAACGGAUUUGGGACCACCACCAAAAACACAACAAACGUCGAACGGUACUUCAACACGGCCAAAACCGGCGGUUAUAACAUUAACACAAAAACGCUUUAAUGCCCAGAGCAAUUGUACAACACCUUCUCCCUCGACCACUUCAACAGCAGCAAGCACACCUACAACGGGUGGCAGCACCACAAGCAUCAAAGGUUCGCCGCCCUUAAAGAAAUUCCAAUUGAAUGCCAGGCGUUCAGACAGCAAGGCACCUACGGGUAAAACUCCUUUGAAAGAUCACAAUCGCAUUUUAAAUCAAUCGAAAAAUAACAUCAGCAAAGCGGAAACACCGACGGAUCUCCAGGAAAAUGGCAUUUCCUUUAACAACAAUAAUAAUAUUAGUGCAACGACAGCUGCAGCAACUGGAACAGGAGCAGCGGCGGCGACUACAGAUAAGUCGGCCAGAACAAAUUCAAGAACAUCGUCGCCCAUACUGUCCAACAUCAAUAAUAAGAAAACCACACCCGCCUCAUCGCCAGCUGUUGCCAAUAACCUCAACGAAAAGAAAAUCCAAAAUAAAUUACACAAAUCCCCUUCACCACCAACGUCGUCUGUCUCGACUGGUGUCAGUCGAAAGUCUUUGCUGCACAAACAGCAUCAACAACUGUCAGAUGACAUUGUCAUACCUUCAGCAGAACCUGCCGUCGAUGAUUUGCAACAAUUGAAACUACUUAACCGGCACUCGUGCAAUGGUGCAUUGAACUAUGAGGCGUUUGAACAACAGCAGUUGCAACUGCAACAACUGCAGCAGCAAUCGGCACAUCAAUCGAAGAGUACAGAAGCUUUAGGAGUGCUGCUUCAAUAUCUGGUCUAUGAUUUGGAUGCUUUUGCUUGUCCAUCUCUGAAGUCGGAAAACACUAAAACCAAGGAUAAACUGAAAAAAACCCUGUUGCUGCUGGAUGAGGCUAAGACUGCUUGCUCCGAGCUGCAGGAUCAACUUUGUGAUAAAGAUGCCUACUAUACGCAAAGGGAGAACGAAUUGCAGGCUUUGCAUCGGUGUGAAUUGGAAAAAGCUCAAUCGAGUUUCUUGGAAUUCCAAUCGGCGGCAAAGCUGAAAAUUCUCUCCCUGCAAACACAAUUGGAAGGUGCCCAAGCGGAGCACCGCAGAACAUUUGAUUGCUAUCGUAUGGAAAUGGAACAGAAACUGUUACAGAAACAGGAAGAAUUGAAAAAUGCCACAGAGCGUGAAGGUGCUUUGCAACAGCGCUUUUGUAGUCUGGAAAUUUCCGAACAAGAACUGAAGGAAAAAAUUAGCCAAACGGAAAGUUCAUGCGCAACAAGUUUGCAACAGUCUACUGAGCGUGAGCAAGAAUUAGAGGAGCGCUUGAGAUCCUUGACAAAGGAGCUGGAUAGACUAAAGUCCUUGAAGGAAAGCAAUGAGAGGGAUUUGAAGGACAAACUUAACCUAUCAAAUGAUGAAGUCGCCAUACUGCGAAACACUAGGCGAAGUCUUAAUGAGAAUGGGGUCAGCUCAACUCGAAACACAUCAUCUUGUUCGGCCAUGGGUAACAUGGAGUUGUCAAGGCUACAGAGUGAGGCCGAAAGCUUGCGAUGUGUGCUUGAGCUGAAGCAGAAAGAAAUUUCAAAGUUGACUAAACAAAAUGAAGAACUUUUAAGGGUUGCCGACGAGAAAAUGGCCCUGCAGGCCAAGAUCUCCUUGCUGGAGUCCAAUAAUGAAAUGUUGCUGUCCGAGAUGGGAAUUAAGUCGGAUAAGGAGAAGGAAUACUUGCGACAAAUCGAUGAGAUCCAAAAGGCCUUUAACCACGAAUCUGUCAAGCGCACUCGUUUAUCCUAUGACAAUGAAGCCCUACAAUGGCAACUGAAGCAACGCUCCGAACAACUGCAUCUGGUGGAAUCUAAACUGCAAGAAUUAUCUGCUCAUGACAUCUCAUCCACAUCAAUGACCAAUCGAUCGUCCAUGAAUGGAUCUGCCUUAUCUGCAUCAGUUCACAUGGAAGACAUUUCGCCGCCCACCUCACCUGUCAUCAAGGGUGUGAUUGAGAAGACCGACUCAGUGUCUUGGGUCUUGGAAAUGGAUGAUGAAACGCCCGAAGUGGCUGCCAGCAAGAUGGUUAAACGAGCCGGCUCCUUUAGAUCUGUUGAACGCAGCCCCUCUACCAGGCGCCAACUGUCCGUCAGUGCCAGUGCAGGACAAACAAGUAAUUCUAGUUUAUUGGACGCAGCUGGGCCCAAUCCUCUGUCCCAGUCUAUGUCUGCCACCUCAGUGAUAAGAGAACAUUCCAAAGUUGAAACAAAUGAAUUUAACAAUAGAUUACAUCCACGUAUACGCUCAAAGUCAGUAAGUGUAAAGAGUUGCGAAGCUCUGCAACAGCAGCAGCAAAAGUCAAGCUCAGCUAAGUUGUCUCGACAGAUGUCUACGGGUAGUAGUUCACGCAAGAACCUCGAUGCAGUCGCCUUCAAGGAACCUGUGACUGCCAGCUCGCCUUACAGCAUGAGACCCCGCUGUUCUACCUUGAAGAUUGAUAACGAGCCCCAUGAGGACAUCCUGUUUAGGCGCAGUAAUGCCAAGCUCAUCACUUGCGAUACUUCGGCUUUAAACAAGGGCGAACGUUUGGAAAUGCGUUCUCUUCCCUCGCAUCCCUCGGUGCAAGACCUGAAAGUGAUUAAAAAGUGCCAGGAGAUUCAGGAGUCGGCCGGCGAAGCCAUGGUUUCUGGUACCAACUCCGAGGAUGAAAGUUGCUCUGCCUCGUCGGAUGACGUCGUCAGCACAGCCUCAUCGUCAGCCAACUCUGAAUCGACCUCUUCGUCCAAUCCCAUGAAAAACUCACGCAUGUCCAUCGAAGAAGUCUUGCUGAUAGACAAAAUGAACAGUUUGUCCGGCACACCCAUGGAGAUGAGCUGGUCCGAGGAUGCCGAAGGCAUUACCAACAGUUCCACGCUAUGACAUGAUAUAGGUCGCCAUCAUGACAUGUACGAAGUCCAAGAGGACGACGAGGAUAGUUUUUAAGCUUGACACCAAGAGUUGAGGCUACCAAAUGAUGACGGUUUUGUUAGCAACUUUGGAAUAAAGGACACACAGACAACUGCAAAUCAUCACUCGUACAUUUGUUUCCUACAACACUCGUUUUCACCGUUUAGAAGAAAAACAAAAACAACCAAAACUAGAGGCAACAACUCUUGCUCACAACCGAGUAGGGCCUAUGAUGCACUCACUCACUCAUCAUGGC